UGAUAUUUAAAUUAAGUUUAUAAUUUGGUGUUAUUUCGAUUAACUGAAUUCAAUGAAUGCGAAAAAGUGCGAGGAGUAAUUAUAAAUUGAGUUUUUUUCGAUUCGGUUUAACUCGGUUUGAUUCGGGAGUGCACAGCUUAAUAACAGAGUGACUAAUCAGUAUAGACGGGUGUAGAAGAGUAUUACUUACUAGAAUUAGUUGGAGUCUUUUACAAGAUAAAAAUAUAUUCGUUUCAAUAAAAAUUUAAAUAAUCGAUACGUUUUCAAUGACUUAAAGAAUGCUGCGUCGUAUGAAAUUAGUUGUGUGUUUUUGCGUCCUUUUGUGCGCAUUAGACAAUAAAGCUGAUGACAAUCAAGUUUCAUUAACCAAACUUGGUACAAAAACAGGACCGACUUUAAAAUUUUUCUAUUGCUAUUCAUGUGGAUAUAGGAAAGUUUUUGAGGAAUAUGUCAGUAUUCUUCAGCAAAAAUAUCCAGAAUUACAAAUUAAUGGAGAAAACUAUAUUCCCUCUCAUAAUAAGAUGCUCAUCGCUAAAUUAUUGAGUUUUGCAAAAAUUUCACUAAUAGUUUUAAUAGUAAGUGGACUUGAUUUCGGACAACCACCAACAUCACUGUGGCAAUGGUGUUUAGAUAAUCGAUUUUAUUCUUGUAUAAUGAUAUUUUUUAUUUUUAAUGCCAUAGAAGGACAUUUCAUAUCAUCAGGAGCUUUUGAAAUUCAUUUCAAUGAUGUUCCUGUAUGGUCCAAACUGGAAACUGGCAGAAUACCCCAACCAUUAGAACUAUUUCAAAUAAUAGAUAAUCAUUUAAAUAUGCAAUAUGCAGAUGUAGAUAUAGAAUAGAUUAAUUUUAAUAAAAAAUCUAAUGUGGCAUUUUUUAUUUGUACCAAAUGUUAAGAAUGAAGUUAUGGAGCUUCCGUUUCUGCAACCCCAUAAUUAUUAAGAACAAUUGCUAUCUCAGUUGUGAGACAAUACAUUCAAAACAGAUAAAGUUUGCAUGAGGGGAGCAAAAAUAAAUCCUUUUAAUAUUGCUCAAAA